AUGGAAUCUGACGGUACCGCCCCUCCCAAUGCUCCUCCUGCUCUUGAUACCUCGACCGUCUCCCACUCCACGACCCCGACGUCCGCGACAAUUGAGGAACAGGAACUGGUCUCAGUGUGCAGAGAGCUCUUCUCCGUCGGUGUUAGCCACGCCGUUGGCGCCCUGUCCGACAGCAGCACGCCCCCCGACUUAGCUGAUGCCAUGCUCCCUACCGGCCUUAUCCCCAAACUUGCUCAGGCAUUCGACGAGUCCAACACCCUUGUCAAUCCGAGCAGACAUGACCACGACAUGGACAGCUUUGACGAGCCGCCGGCCAAGCGCCGUAAUACCACCACCGCUGCCAGCUCUCGCAAAUCGGAUAAUCUAUCUCUCAACAAGAAGCCAUUCGUGCCGUCCAGCAAGCCUGAGCUUACUCCCUCUCAGGGCGAACCCUCAUCUCGAACAACAUCGCACCGACAUGAUCGGAGGAAGCGCACGAAACGGGUCGACUGCAGACCUUUUCCCACCGCAGAGGAGGCCGACAGUGCGAGGCGCGGUGUAAUGUAUUUCGGGUUCUACAUUGGCAAUCGUCUGCUCGAAAAAGUGGCAAUCGCCGCUGCAGCCGGCCUCGACGAUAACGACCUCGAAUUAAACGGCCUAGUGUACCUCCAACGCCUCGUCAAUGACUACUCGAUCGACGACCACUUUGCCUACGUUUCGGCGAAGGCGAAAGAGCAGAUCCCACAGAUUACAGAGGAUGUCGACGCUGUAGUUCCCGUCCUAACCCUGUUCAAGUUGGACAGGGACGCUUUCUAUAGCAGGAUCUCAGCGAAGAAAGCGCAGAUGCUCGCAGACGCUCUUGGACACCAGCCCAUAUGGUGGGAGAUUGCUCAGUUGCUGUAA